AUGCAAAUUUUACAGGAUGGAGCAAUUGAAUUUCACGAGUUUAUCAGAGCUUUAUCAAUUACAUCCAGGGGUAAUCUGGAUGAAAAAUUACAUUGGGCUUUCAGAUUAUAUGAUUUGGACAAUGAUGGCUUUAUAACACGAGAAGAAAUGUUGUCAAUUGUUGGAAGUAUUUAUAAAAUGGUUGGUGCAACGAUAAAAUUACCGAAAGAGGAAAAUACACCGGAAAAACGAGUGGAUCGAAUUUUUAAAAUGAUGGAUAAAAAUAACGAUGCUCAGCUAACAUUGGAAGAAUUCAAAGAGGGCGCAAAAGCAGAUCCAUCUAUUGUUCAUGCCUUGUCGCUUUAUGAAGGAAUGUCAAAUUGA